AUGGCACUCCUUUCAGCAGAACAUCUGGCCGGUCCAGGCUACAUCAUCCUCAAUAUCCUGCGGGUAAUCAACAUCAUUACCCUUUCGUCCGUGGUCGCGAGCAGCGUCGUCAUGCUUGUGAAGACCUUCAUUGUCUCCAAGUUCUUUUUCUUCGAUGCUACCAGCCAUGUCGUGACUGCACUAGCUGGCAUGUUCCUCGUCGUGUCCGAAUGCUCUCUUUUUCGCGGCUACUUCGCCCGCAAUUGGCCUCUCCUCAGCCCUUCGCACGGCUUCGUUACGCUUGGCUGCUCCAUGACCGUCCUCGGCCUCAACAUGCUCGGCAACAUGAACAAGGAAGCGACAUCUCAAAAAUCCCUGGGUCUCCCAUUCUGGCGCUUGCUCCUCGCCUCCGGCAUCCUCGCCAUCGUCAUCGGCUUCUUCAACGUCGUCGCAAGCUUCGUCUUCCGCGACAAGGCGCGCAACAUUACCGCGCGCCGCGUACGCUCCAAGGGCGCCAUCACACUCACCGAGGAGCCCCCCAUGGACUGGGAAACCGAGUCCAAGCUCAAGGCCUUCACCAUCUCGACGCACCACACGGGCACCACCGCGCGCACCGGCUCGCCUGCCAUGCGCAUGGGCUCGCCCCCGCGCAUCGGCACGCCCCCCGUCGACAUGGGCUCCCCACAGCCCAAUGCCUCCUCGCCCGAGCCCAAUCGCUUCUCGCAAUUCGACUUCAACCCACUCCGCGCCUUCCGCACUGCACGGCAGUCGGUGCUGCCGUCGUACCACAGCGGGUCGCCCUCCAAGCCUGCCUUCACGAGCCCGGGGCACCACCGCCGAUCGAGCAGCUUGUAUAGCCGGAGCACUUCGGGGCAGACGAAGCGCAGCUUCUGGCUCAAGCGGAGCAACAGGGACAGCGAGGUCCCGCACGUGCCUGAGAUUUCGGCGCCGCUGAAUGUGAAUCCGCAGUUUGCGCAUUUGGUGCGGCCGAAUCUGGCGCAUCACCCUAGUGUGCGGCGGCCCGAGGCCGACUUUGACAAGAUCUAG